AUGAGUUCGUUAACCGACACAGUCGACGUAUUUAAUAUCGUAAGUUCUCAUUGGUAAAUUUCAUGUUUUUAAGCCUGAAGAGAAUCUGCCCUUUGAAGAAAACCUUAUCCGGAAUCCGUUCAAUGUCAAGGCCUGGCUUCGAUAUAUUCAAUUUCAGAAGACUAGUCCCCCACAUGUUAUUUAUCUUACAUACGAAAGAGCUCUUAAGCAGCUUCCAGGAAGGUUUGUGUGGCCUUAACUGUUAAUAUUGUUAGCUACAAACUUUGGUACAACUAUCUCAAAUUACGUCGCCAGCAUGCGCGUAGACUUUGUCCUGGCUGUUUAGCAUACGAGGAAACGAACAACGCUCACGAGCGUGCUCUCGUCACCAUGCAUAAAGUACAUUUGACACCGGUUCGUAACUCCAUCUUAAGAUGCCUCGCAUUUGGACGGACUUCCUUCUCUUUCUAAUGCAUCAAGGAUACGUAACGCUUGCUCGAAGGACUUUCGAUCGUGCUCUUAAAGCCCUGCCGGUAACACAACAUGAACGCGUGUGGCGAAUCUAUCUCAAAUUUGCUGACAAACAUGGGAAUCAUAUUAAAGAAUCCUGCACCAGAAUCUAUCGCCGGUAUAUUAAGGUAAGGUACACAUGAUCUCGACAUAUUUGUAGUACGCUCCGGACGAUGUUGAAAGGUUUAUUAACUUCCUCAUUCGCAACGAGAAUGUGAACGAGGCCGCGGUACUACUCGCCGAGGCCAUCAAUGAUGAAAACUUUAUCAGUAGAGAAGGAAGAUCGAAGUUCCAACUCUGGCAGACCCUAUGCGAGUUGUUAGUUAAGAAUCCGACAAAAAUCACUUCCCUGAAUGCCGAUGCCAUCAUUAGGCAGGGUAUUGGACGCUACACCGAUCAGGUAGAAUCCGCUUUUUCUCAUUUUUCGUUGCUCUGCUUUCGUAGGUUGGCAUAUUAUGGACAUCUCUUGCAGACUAUUAUAUUCGCAGUGGCAAUCUUCCUCGUGCGUGCGAUGUCUACACUGAAGCCAUUAACACAGUCGUCACUGUCCGCGACUUCAGUCAGACCUUUGACGCUUACGCCGAGUUUCAGGAGUCAAUAGCAAAGGCACGUAUGGAGGCGCUCGAGAAGUCGAGCGAGGUCACUGAAAAGGGUACGAAAGCAUUUACCAUCGUAUUUUACCAUUCUUAUCGCAUAUGUUAGAAAUCUAAGGUUUUUAUUCUUUCUUAGUUGUUUCCCCGAGUUUCUAUCCCAUUAUCAAGUAAUAAUUGUUUUAUGCGAUCAAUUGUCUGUGUAGUGUAACGUAGAGAUAGUAAAGAACAUACGACACUGGGAGGAAAGGAACGCAUCCUAAUCUACGUUUUUCUACCGAAUGUGUGGAAAAACAAUGUUUUCUUACGUACUCUAUAGCUUCUAUCUCAUAUUUACGUAUCCUUGGGAUUUUCAAACGUCAUCUAUUUGGUUUCAUAAUGCUUCGGGGCACCAUACGUCAGUACUGAUGUAGGUUUAGGACAUUCUCAUAUAGAUCAAGCCCCUCAUGGUCCGCAUAUAGGUUAAGUAAAAACUGUCUUCUGAUGUUGCAUACUAUUGAACCUACGAUAUGAUAGUCUUGUGAAUCUCAUAUUUGCGGCAGUCCGCCACAUUUGGAAUAAUUUUUAAUUAGUGGGUGAGGCGAGUCAGGUUAGAAUGCAUAAACACAUAGCUUAAAUCUCUCCUCUUCACACCUCACAUUUGUUUAUUCUUUUCGUCUCGACUAGUUUUGGUUCUGAUUGAGGCGCCACCGUGUUGGGAUUUAGUAUUCCUUACCACCCCUGUGAACUCAGCCCUGCUGAAAGUUCGCAUCUUGACCACCCCCUCAAAUGGUAAUCUGUUUGGGGUUUUGACUUUUCAUCCACCAGCCAAGCCCAUGUCUAUUCUUUGCCUUAGAGGACAGGCUAGUCAGCAACCGUGGUUUUGGGGUUUUAUGGAAAGAUUUUCGAGGCAUACGAACGAAUAACCUGGGAGGCGGUGAGACAGUCAGCCAUCAUGUGGUUCAGGAGAUGCGACCUUGGUGAAAACCGUCCCUAAGUUGUCACUUUCACUUGCCACGGCUUUAGUCAUGCGCCACUAAUGCUUACCGAAAUCCGUAAUUUAAGACAGCAAGUCUCUUAAACUCGAUUUACUCUUUCCCAACGGCGAAAACCAGAUACCACCGCCUCAGGAACAGUUUCCACCUCCAUACGGAUUGUAUCCAGUCAGAUUUAGAGUCGAUCGCGUCAUCAUCUCCAGUUAGGCAGCAACAUCUGAUUUGGGGCAACAACUUUGAACUCAUUGGGAGUAUGAUAGAUCAUGUGCCCUAACUACCUCAGUCAUUUCUCCGGGAUGGCCUAAGAUAUUCUUACGGUUUUGUUGCAGCGAGUGCGGACUGUUUCCUUCGUUAUUAGGUCGAUGUAGUUCCCGAAAGAACGUUCUCGGGUAACGCCGGUCAAACGUACCCAUUUCUCGGCUACCUGCACGCACAACCUAUUCAAGGGCCACAGGGGAGGACUGAUCGGACGGGUGUACGCACACGCAGAUUAUUGUGGCGGUGGGGAUAUCUUACUACUUGUACUUGGUACGACUGCGAUUAUGCCUGAUCUAACCGGCCUAGACGAUGUCUCAUAUUGUGCCUCUCCACGCGUGACUAUUUGCGGCAGCGGGUCCGGACAGCCUGACGCAUUCUCUUCCCCAUCGACGGAUACCGAGUACCGAAGGUCCAUGAACCACUCCCAUGUCCUGACGAACUAUGCCGAGUCAGGUCUGGAACUGACUACCUCAUCGCCACCAUCAGGUGGAAACUGCGCCGAGUCGAUGGCAGUAUAACAGAGGUCGUAAGGUGGAAGACGGAGAGCGUAUCCAAACCACCUCAGUCAUCUUUACUGGAUAGCAUGAGAUAUCCUCGUCAUACUAUCACAGCGAGUGCGGAAUGUCUAAUUUGAGACAAAGUCGGUUUACUUCACUCGGAUGGUCAAAUACCUCCAGUCUCCGCUCAUCUUCCAAGCGCAAAGUUCAACAGUCACAACCGUGGAGGAGGACUGAUCGAAAGGACGCACGGUGCUCGUGAAUAUUCGUGACGAUGGAGAUGUUGCGUCGGGUGCAUUUGCAAUUUCUAAGGAAUUAGAAAGCCUGUAUAUGUCGUGUGUCGUGAUUAUUCUGUCAAUUUGGCAGCAGCCCCGCCCUGCGAUAUUUGGCACUGAAAAACUGAGAAGACUUCGGAAAAUCGAGUUGUACGCGCGAAUUUUCAAGUUGGUGACAUCAAACCGUCGUCAGACGAAAUGAGCAGAAUGGAAAGUUGGGUCGGCAGGCUAGAUCAGUUGGCGCGACAGGACAGACUGACAGCUGCUGCGUGAAAGUGGUCGGCACCGAGUUAUGGUAACCUUUGGGGCAGGGGGAGGGAAGGGAGAACAACAGUCGAAAUUGUGUAGUCAUAUACCUUACUGACAACACAAAUACAAUCUAAAAGCCCAGACACGCGUGCCGCUGCCUGUCGCAGCUCUCGAGGUGUUCUGCUCAUUUGUAGACCACUGAAACUUCUAACAUCAACGCCGGCGCACUGCCCCCUGACCUUAUCUCGCAUCAACGACCAGCCGCCCGCAUUCCCACUGAUCCGCAAUUCCUCCGCUCCUCCUCCACCUCUAGCACAGGGAACCCUAACUGUUCCCUCUUCCCGCCCCAAAGCUUAUCAUAACUCGGUGUCCACCUCUUUCACGCACGAGCUGUCUGUCCUGUCAAGCCAACUGCUCUAGCCUGCCAAUCUCACUUUCCCUCUGCACAUUUCGUCUGACGACAGGUUGGUGUUACCAAGUUGAAAGUUCACGAGUGCAACUCGAUUUUUCGAAGAACCCUCUCUUUUUUCAUUAUAUCAUCUAGGCAUGCACACCACGUCAGUUAUCAAGUAUUUGAAACUGUCUGCUUCUCCAAGUAGAUAGCCAUUAACAUCAAGGAGUGUCGUCUCCUGAUUAGGGAUGCAUCUCAAUAACAAUGGUUUUUCCAGCCUUUGUAGAUAAACCAACCGAAGUAGCGUCUUUAUCCACUCGUGUUAUUACAGACUGUAUAUCACCAAAGGCUGAGGCCAGCAAGACGAUAUCGUUAGUGCAGUGUAAACUAGUCAGCCGACUUCCGGGGGGGGGGGGGUAAACUGAACACUGUCAAAGCCGUGUAGGGCCCCUCCGAACACCAGAUCGGGCACCUUGUUGUGCAGCCUCUAUAUUGCGCCGAUAACUUCUUCCUCAGAAGGUGGUUUGCAGGACACUGAAUAGGCUGAAGAGGGAUAAAACUGCGCUACAGAUGGACGAGGGUUUGAUGAAUUGCUCAUCAAUGCUGUGGAGAUGCUUGAGGUGCUGACGCCAGUGAUCGACCUUGGCAGAAUUGGCAGCAAUAAAGCAGCCGUUCGCAGCGCGAACAGAUUCUCAGUGUCGAGGGCCUACCACUAGCACGGCGGAUAAUUUGGUAAAUUGGCCGAUUGCCACCAACGUUUAAGGCCUGCUCCAUGGAGGUCGCUGUUUCAGCCCAAUACUUCUGGCGGUCAUCCCCGGCCGACUUUGGUGUCAUUGUCCGGCAGUUUGCGGUAGGGAGCACGGCUUGAGCCGUCUGGACGGACAAAUGCAGAGUUCUUCCGCCAAUCCGGCCACUGUGGCGCUGCCGGAUGAGUCCGAGAAUUUUGUCAGAUGCCUCUUGGAUUGUUGACUUCAAUGAUGACCAUUUGGCCACUGCUUUCUACGUCGGUUUGAGUCGUCAAAUGAGACCGGAUUUCUGUGCUCACGGCCUCGACAUUGCUGGGUUGUCAAAGUUUUAUUACCUCAAGGCGUCUCGCAUGUGGCAUUUUAGGUACAGAUAAGGGAUGCACUUUCGGGCGUUUGCAAAUGAGAACAUAGUCAAACCCACGGGCAUUACCAGUGUCGGUGGGGAUAUCGCGACCAGACUAUAGACACCCUCGAAAGCUUUGAAAAUUUAUGAACGAAAUCGGUCUGGUUGAUAGCAACGCAGACUGUCGCGCAAAACGCUCACGAAAAUCCAGUGAACCACCUAAUUAAGCAUAAUAAGCGACAAGACGUCGCUUCGUAGAGACAUCGAGCGGAAUAUCUGACAGUUUGGACAGAUUGUUGUUGACAAAAACUUCCACUGUGGUGGAGUGAUAGUAGCCCUUGACCACUGUGAUACGUUUUGCCAGCUCUUUUAUCUCAUGGACAAGCAACAGAAUCUAACGCUGCAACGAGCUCACUAAAAAAGGUAACAAUAGAUUUCUUGUAGCGAUGGAGUAGUUGGAAACUGCGCCGGUGCGUCCGGUUUGGUUGUGCCCUGACCUCUAGUCCUGCGCACUUUGAAACUAUCCUUGGACGACGGUGUAGGGACCUUUCUAACGAUGUCGACGAGGUUUGUGUUGCUGUACUUCUCGCGCUUCUUAUUAUCUCUCUCUCUCUCCCUCCCUCUCUCUCUCAGAGUGUCGAUACAAAGCUGGCAGAGUUCGGCAGGAAUGCUCUCCUCCCCGGGUGCAUCGUUAUCGCACAGUCUCCGUAUCGUGGCGGACAUUUUUUCACACAACAGCGCAUAGGAUGGAGAGAGGGGGUUGGUGCUAGGCUAUUAUCGACUUGGGUCAAAUUAUCAUCAACAAAAUUGCCGUUUGCAUCGCAAGCAAGGUUACCAGGUGCGGGACAAUAAUUUGGUAGUUUCCGUGUGUCACCGCCCUUUCGGCCAAACAGUUUUGCAACGAUGUCGUCAUUCUCCGGAGUUAACGGAAGGAGUAGUCAUUGCGUAAUCCAACUGCAGACGUCUGAGUGGACAGUUGCAGGGUUCUUGCGUUGAUUCAGUCGUCGUAGUACUGUUGCUGCUGCUUCCUUCAACACGGACUAAAAUGUUGUGUUCUGUAUCUUGGCUGCCGUGACUUCUUUUGGGCACGGAUGAGAGAUGAUCAUUUAGGUACUUGCGGACAAAGAAUGAUUCAACCCUUUUGCCGUUUAUAGCUUUCGAACGACGUGUUUGCCCACCAUCGUGGACCCAACUACAAAAUCUGGAGCUAACUAGACCGUAGCCAACCUGACUGGCCGCAAUUGUCUUUUUAAUAUCGCUUAAUGAAGUGCUUGCAGACGGUUGUGCUCAGUGAAGCUCAACAUUCCAUCAUCAUUGCCCCAUCUGGAACCAGACCGAAGGCUCUCAAUAAGUUGGCUGUUUGAAGAAUCGCCCAGCCUAAUUGGACCAUUCCAGUCAUCGGCAACAGUCGGCAGAUCACGGCUGGAGGUGUUUCAAUUAGUGCCUGCAGCCGCGAAUAGGUUUAUUUGAUGCGCUGGUGGACAGUUGAUGUUCGCGCUUAGACAGAAACGACAGAGAUGUCAGUGAGGAGCGCCGUCAUAUGGUUGUCGACUGGUUUCCAUAUAAUACAGUGCGUGAUUCGCUUGUUGCUUGAGCGCACGGACCGCCGUGGUUCGGUAGGAACUGACACUCGAGACCUUGUCUUUCAUGGAUCGUGGAUUUGGCUGUCGGACAAACAGCGGGCAUCCACGUUGUACCGAGGAACAAGACGCUCCACCAGACUUUGGACACAUUUCAGCAUCCCAAUGUCCUAUUUAGUGGUCCAACUCGCACGCUGUUUGCCCGCGCCGCUGAGUAGAGGUCACAAGGCGCCGUGUGGUUCUCGCAGAUACCGUAACAGGACGUUCGGACAUCUACUUGGGGAUUCUGAAUUAUGGUGGGUACCAAACAGCUGCCCGAAUUGUGUGCAUUUCAUACUGUCUCUACUACAGGUCACAGGGGUCGGUGCCAGCUUAUUUUACGGCGUUUCUUUUCAUGUUACAGUGCCGUCGUCGGAUUUUGGGAAUUUAAUAGGCAGUGUGGAUGUGUCAGACUUCAGCUCUUGCUGCCCGACCUCUCCAGUGUUCGCCACACACGGGCGCCAGCAAUUAGACUAACGAAUACAUCCGUCAUCCUCUGUUUAGUGAUUCGCUUUCUUACUAAUGUCGUAUUCUGUAGAUAGAGAGGUGAGUAUCUGUAAGGUCUGUUUGAGCGCACUGUGUAAGGUCUGAAAGUGACGCACGCCUGCGGCCGAGACAUGAAACUCAUUUGGCCGUAGUAUGUGUCGCAGAUUGAGUCACGCCAACUACUUCACAUCAGAUGGUGAGUUGGGCCUUUCGUAGAAAACAAAAACUGCUGCUCCCUGGGCAUCCUAGCUGCUUGACUUCAGUUUGAGAUCAUUCUCACGCUGCGACUACUCUGUAUUAUUUUAGACGAACUGGAAGUUGAACUGACCCUCGCUAGUCUGGAGUCUCUGAUGGAGAAACGACCUCUGCUUCUGAAUAGUGUGCUGCUUCGACAGAACCCCCACAAUGUUAGUGAUUGGCUGCAGCGUGUGGAGUUGCUGGAGUCAAAGGGUCCCCGGAAACAAAUCGAAGCCUUUAUGGAGGGCAUCAGCUCUGUUGAUCCAGGUAGGUCUCCAACCCCCCCCCCUCCCACCAGUUUUACUCUUUACAAUACGUCCUUCUGUAGGAAUUUUCGGUUAGACACGGAAGUGCGUUCCCCGUACCACAGUUGGUCUUGCGCUAAAUUCCACGGGAUACCUAUUCCCGCGUCCCAACUUUAACACUACCCCCCUCUGGAAUUUGUCGCAAGGACAACUUUAAUUCCGGUGGGGUACCAGUGUCUUGUGGAAUCUUCUUUCGACGCGUAAUAUUGGCUAACAAAUCAAAACGGGCCGUUCCAGCCUUCCUUGCUUUUGUCGACUAUGCUAUUUUGCCUAGAUUACGCGCCGCUGUACGGCUGCUGGCGUAUCUCAAAAAAGAAAGAGAGAUCCUCAAUGCACACUUGGACGAGUGUGAUUGGCCGAAGACGGCUGAUAAGCCGGAGAUGAUUAAUCCAGUCUCCCUUGUCCUUGUCGGCUGCUGGAGGGACUCGUGAUAGAGUCCCAAGGCACAAUGGGACAAGUGGGUUCCGUAACGCGAUCGGUGAGCGCUCCUUUGCCAAUGGACAUUCAUUCUGUAUGACGGAAAAACAUAGUUGUACUAGUCCGCACCUAGACGAGUUCAUAGCUGGCAUAGGUAAAUACUCUAUUUCGGCCACAGUUUAUCCACUUUAUCGGAGUCGCAAAAGCAAAAGUUAAUACAUCCGCUUCACCGAAUCAACAUGCUAAACAGUCGGUUCUAAUCAUUCGGUCCUCAAAAAUAAGCAGCCGGAUAGCGAGCGGGACCCAUUUGGCUCUGACCGAAAUUUACGUUAAGAACACCGACAAUCGCAACAAAGGCAGUGGCACGGUCGGAUUCGUCAUUGGACAGUUUUUAGGAAGAGGCCAGUAAUGUCCACUCAGCUUGCCUCUUGACUAAUGACUCCUCCUUCCCUCACCUCUAGCCAAGGCCACUGCAGGCAGACCGUCCACACUCUGGAUCGAACUUGCCCGGCUCUACGAACGCCACAAGCAGCUUGACGAUGCCAGAGUGGUCCUGCAAAAGGCGACCGGUGUGGCCUUUAUUCAUGUGGAGGAUCUCGCUUCCAUCUGGUGCGAAUGGGCCGAAAUGGAGAUGCGUGCCGGGUGAGUCUGUCCUACCGCUGUUUGCUCCUUGCUGAUUCCCUUCUAACUUGAUCGAUAGUUCGGUAAGAUCGCAGUUGGUAACCAGACACUACGUUGAUACUGUCGAGGUACUUACUUGUUAUCAGUGGGUGUGUUUACCUUGCCUAGGGAACUGGUUAUCAGUAGGUCGGCCGUUUCGGUCAGGCUGUUGGGUUAAGUGCGGGGUUACGGUUAGGCGUAGGUUACGUUUUCGGAUUAGGACUUGCGUUAUAGGGUCCGGCUUCAGUGUUAGGGUUUAGGUUUACGAUUAUGGUCUGGCUUUAGGGUUGGGGUACGGCUUCGGGGUUAGGGUUACCGGUUAACGCUUAAUGGUUAAGGUUAGGGUUAUCCUAUCACUAUUUGCUUAUUGCAUUUUCCGCAGGCUGUGCUCUUUUCCGGGGGAUUUUUUUCAAUUUCCGCCAUUACUCUACCUUACUAAAACCUCCCAACACUUUUUUCGUUUACUUUAUUUUUCCCCGAAACUCCAGCAUUCGUCCAGCAGCACUUCCAUUUAUCCCACCCAUAUAACCCCCUUUCCCACCAUUCCCGUAAGACAGGGACCCUGCCGUCCGCCUCUCCAUUCCUGGCUACCAACUGCGAUCUAACCGAUAGUUCGCUCGGCAAGAUCUUUUUUCGUAGCCGUACCUGUUAGGGGUUGGGGUUAAGCUGGGUGUUUGAGAAAUAGUUACCCCAACUCUAACCCCUGACCUGUAACCCCAACCGCAGCUGUAUUGUGUCCAUCAGGUGGGGCCAUAUAACCAUAUCUUACCAACAUGGCUGCUUUUGAGGGUCCAGCAAAAUCAGAGAUAUUGGUAGACCCAAUCGCGCCCCUGUCCAAGUCUGCGCCGGUUCUUCGUCGCAUCCCUCGCGAAUGAGCUACUUAAGAAGAUCCUGCCAUAGGUUCAAAAUAUCGAUACUGCCUUGGUGUUUGCGUCAGUAAGCGGCCAAUGUGUGUCAUGUGUGUAUUGGAAGGUUGGCAAAUAUGUUCUUUGGGAAAAGAAAGUUUGCUGAUAGAAGCGAACAGGUGAGUUCCAGGUAGCAGUUCAGAAGAUCACUGGAACAAGAAAUUUAUUUGCCUGACGUUUCGGAUCCUCACUCGAAUCCAUCAUCAGAGACAGUCGCAGAUACAGGUGAUGAUGGCACCAGGAGCGCAGUAUUUAUAGCACGUGGCUGCCGUGGACCGUAUGCGCACUGCAAUUAACAGUUCUCGCAAUCGCCGCUGGGGUCGUAAUUGAUGCGGCGGUGGCUUGGCGGUCCGAGUCCGAGUCGUUAAUUGCCGCGGUUUCGUCAUCCGUUCUGGAUGCUGGUGUGACGAUUGCUCGGCAAACUGGCUCACUGUCACCGUGAUGAUUGCUCGCCUGCGCCCUCCCCACGUGACUGAUUCUCCUGUCCAUGGAAAAUCGCAGUACGCUAUAGGGUACCGGGAGGUCAUUGUGCUUGUUGAUGGAUUGCGGGCCUGAGAACCAUGACUCGAACAGCUCGCGGCUCACGCGGUUGUCACCCCUUGCGAGGAUUUCGGCCUCUUGAAAUUGGAAAAUAUUGUGCAAUAUUUUCAAAAUAUUGUGCAACUUUUCGACGCCGGUUUCCCGGGUCGUCACCAGACACAGACGGAGAACAAAUUUUCCCAAAACAGUUAACAUCAUAAGUGCGCUUUAAAAAAACCGACAAUCCCUUAUCGUUCGUGCCAGUAAGCGGCCGCUGCGUGUGUCAGUCUGUUCUGAUUGGCUCUCGUCUCUUCCGUUGUUCCCUGAGAUUUCUGUACGUGUCAUCCAAAUCAAGAUGCCUGUUGAUGCAUGAUUCAUCUGAGUGCAUGUCCUCGAGGAACUUUAUUGAAAGGGCAGACAAUGACAGUGCAAGGCUUGUUCCAAACGAGGGUGUACCCGGUGUUCAAGGCGUGCGUAGCUACUUGAGACAGGUGUUCUCGCCUCUUUACUGCUAAUUGAUGUUCCCGAAGGCGUGUAGGGGCGCGUUUGCCAGUCUGACCGCAAUGAUCGGUAUCAAAGGCAUCACUUGGGAUCUUGUAGAUGACUUCCUUCCUAUCCAAAUAGCCAACCUUAUCCUUAAGGUGUACAAGCCAAGUGCGUAAAAUUGUCGGCUUGAUGGCCUUCUUCGUCAGACCAAUGUUUUUUUACACAACUAGGCGCGGACUAUUGACAGCACUCCAUUUUUGAAAGAUGGACUACUUGCUGUCACAAGGUAAAAUGACUUCCGCAAAAGUUUCUUUUCGGUAAACAGAUGUACGUAAUGUUCCGUCAGUCCUUCGCUGUAUGAGAGCAUCCGGAAACGAGAACUUACUGCCAACCUCCUUUUUAAGUAUGAAUCUAAUCUCAAGAAUUGUUGAAUUGGUAAUUUUGUGGAGCGCCUUCAGUUGGUCCAUUUCAACGACGACAAAUGUGCCGUCUACACAUCGUAGCUACAAUUCAGGGUCUUAGCCUCUAGUUUCUGCAUUGUUAUUUCAGCGAGAAAACCAGAGGCUUUGUUGAGUCCUCAGUUGAAGUUUCGCAUUGUUCGUAAGUUGACGAAGCUCGUGAAAUAGGCACGUAGAAAGUUGUCUAGUUGGGCGCACCGAUUAAUGGUAAUAUCGGUCGCAGCGGGACUCCAGUUUUGUGAACUUUAGAUAGCUCAUAGACCUUAGCGAUGGUCGAUUCAGUUUGUCUCGGGGAUUUGGCAACAGCUCCUAACAGGUGCUUCUUCAACACUUUACCAGUAGAUGAAAUCUGUCCCUUAGAAGGAUCCAUAGAAAGCGCCUUAUGCGUUGAUCUAGCAUCCAACAAUGGUAUCAUCCUUUCAUCGUUGUCUUUGUUCCAAAAUGUUAGUAUCAGAGCCUUGCUUCUUCGAUUAUAUAUUCGGACGCGCCUUAUUCCUCCUUACCAAUUACUUUAAUAUAAAACCUGUUGAAAUAUUUCUACCAUUGUUUCAGUCCACGAGAAAUUUAGAAAAUGACUUAAUGUGUUGUUUCCGCUCCCCUCCUUCAAGUAGAGGGAGGGUAUCUUGUGGAAACAAGAGAGUCGUUGCGUGAAACUUUUUUUAAAAAACGCUGAGGCGAGGACUUUUUCUCUCGACUGGUCUGCAAACAUAGCGUUGGGAUGAAGUCGCUGUUUGUGCUUUCAGUAGUGCCUAACUUGUGAACUUUUCUUUUUCUCGUUCCAGUUCUCCCGAGACUGCGCUUCAGCUGUUGGCCCGCGCUGCCACUCCUACCGCCACGCACAAAGUUGACUACUACGACCGCUCAGAGCCAGUGCAGAAUCGCCUGCACAAGUCCCUUCGCCUGUGGACCCUGUAUACCGACCUAGAGGAAAGUUUUGGCACCUUCCAAACCACCAAGGUGAGUAGUAUGGAGGACACCCUUACGAGUGACCUUUCUGCCCAAAAACUUUUGCCGGCCGGCCUCAAGUGCCUUCCUUUUUCUUUUUCAGGCCGCUUACGACAGGAUGAUUGACUAUCGCAUCGCCACACCGCAAAUAAUCAUAAAUUACGGCCUUUUCCUUGAGGAGCGCGACUAUUAUGAGGAGGCUUUCAAGGUAGGACCACAGGUCUUCCAAUUUUGCUUUAACAUGCUACUGACGUUUACUUAAGUAGACGUUUACUUUAAUACUUUUUCGACUCACCUACCGUGCUCUUUCAGGCGUAUGAAAAGGGCGUUGCAGUCUUCCGCUGGCCAAAUGUGUACGAUAUAUGGGUUACGUAUCUCACCAAGUUCAUAGAACGCUACGUACGUUGCUUUCAUUAUCUUGGUGCACCAGUUUCCUUCUUUUUUUCAGACGAGGGAAUGCGGUGAUUCCCUUUACUGAGCUUUUGUCCAACCUUCAUGCAAAUGAAAUGGACACAUACCUGUUACUACUAUAAAAAAUCUUAGUCUCUAGGCCCGUAUCAAUGUUAGCGCCCCAGAAUACGCACUCAAAUGUAUAACACUCUAAUGAAGUACGACUAAAUCGCAAAUGUGUUAACGUUUCUUGUAGCUUCAUUCGCUCAUGAAUCAAAUGUGCUUGCUUCUCUCCCCCUAGGGUGGCAGCAAACUUGAGCGUGCUCGAGAUCUGUUUGAGCAGUGUCUCGAGAAGUGUCCCUCCAAGUAUGCUAAAAGUACGUUUUUUCCCCAUUUUGCAGCCACUACAUUUAUGCCCUUUCUCGUUACUCUUAAGUAGUCUGCUUAGCCACUAAAGCCAUGCCUUGUUUAAUGCACUGAACAAACCGUCUUAAACUCCAGGUCUGUACCUUUUGUAUGCGAGGCUGGAAGAAGAGCAUGGUCUCGCCCGCCGGGCCAUUCGCAUCUAUGAGCGCGCAACGGAGGCGGUUGAGCCGGAUGAGCGCUUUACUGUACGUUUUCUGUGCAACGCUGGGCCAUUCGCAUUCUGCAGUCUAUCAUCCUACUGCAAUUACUGUCCUCCCUUUUCAGAUGUUCAACAUUUACAUCCAACGAAUCGCUGACCUCCACGGCGUUACCCAUACCCGUGCGGCCUAUGAACAGGCAAUCGAACGACUGCCUGAGAAACAUGCACGGCAAAUGUGCCUCCGCUUUGCUGAUCUGGAACGAAAGCUGGGCGAGAUCGAUCGCGCUCGCGCAAUCUACGCCUACAAUGCACAAAUGUGUGAUCCCAGAGUGAGUUUGCGUUGCGUUUCCGGUCGACUUGUCAUGCCUUCAGAUGGGGCGUUUGAAAUGCGCCUUUAUUGCCCUUGCAGGCUGAACCCGAGUUUUGGAAGAUUUGGAAGGAAUUCGAAGUUGCGCACGGCAAUGAGGAUACUCUGCGCGAAAUGCUCCGCAUCAGACGUAGUGUACAGGCUACCUACAACACCAAAGUCAGCUUCAUGGCGAGUCACCUGGCUGCAGAGGAAAUGCAGCGUAAGUUGGCCAUUUAAGCCCAGAAUCAUAGCUUACUAUAUAUUUGUGAGUAGGCAAUCUAAUUCGGACAAUAUUUUUCAUUAGCGGCAGACGCUAUGCAGACCGUGGAAUCGGAGGCUGCCGCUGAGGGGUCGGCAACGGCCAGCGGCAAACCCAUGAUCAUCUUCAAGUCAGCAGGCAUUCGACAGCCGGAAACGCUUCCGGGCACCACUAAGGCGGCAGCCAAAACUGAGGUCUCACAAAAUCCUGAAGCCAUCAACAUUGAUCUCCCAAUGGAGGACGAUGAGGAGGAAGAGGCUGGUCAAGGCGAAGAGGAAAGUGCGCUGGGAGAUGGCGCCCACGAAGAGGCUGAAGUCAUAGUUGAAAACGAGGAGGGUAUCAAUGGGACCACUUCAAGUACGUUUUUUGUCCGCAGUGUUGGUUUGUUGCCUAUGCUGUUUAUAUCUUCGUUUUUCCGCCGUCUGCAAUGCCACUUCGGUGUUGUCGCGUUAGAAUAGAAUUUGCACAGAUAGGGGAUUAAAGUGGAGCCAGAAGACUCCUUUAUCUUCCGCCUUUAGGAGUCUACAGGAAAUACAAGGCUUUCGAUAGUUCAAGUGGGACUUUCAUGACACUUCGUGUGCCUCCUGGGUCUACAGUGAUUUGCUGACCGUCACACUCCUGUUCUUUGUAAUACUACGAUCGAUUGCCAGUUCCUCUACAUACCCACCAUAUUCGUUUAUUUAAUCAGGUGAAUUAUUUGCAUGCAGUGUGCAUCGUAAGGAACAUUCAGGGUCGCUCAUCGUCUGCAUUAUUUCUCUGGACUAUUUCGACGAAAUGUGAUCACUUGAAAAUUUGGCAAUUUGAACUGUUAUUUAUCGUUCGUACGCCGUUCGGAUUAUUUUACUGCCCGUUAGUUCUUGUUCACCUGGGCUGAGCGGACUCACGAACUGCCCUGUCUUCAUGAAAUUUCCCAACAACAAAGAGUCACAACCGGCAGAAGUGACGUUCCUAAUAAGCGAAAUAGUUAGCAGAGGGAGGCACAAGUGUGCCCAUUGCGGGAUUGUCAUUUACUGACAUUGCGUGUCCUCUCGCGUUUCAAAGUUUAUGAUUGCCCUCUUGCACCUCACUGUCUCCUUUAAAUUUCGCAGGACUCCUCAUCGAAAAGCAACAUGUGCCAGCCGCCGUCUUCGGCAGCCUUAAAAAUGACGAGGAUGACUGA